CCACGUUUAGUCCCGCCCUCCCUCUCACCGCCGCGGCUUCUCAGCGGUAGCCAUGACCGGCCGCGGUACUUCGAGCCGCUUCCUGACCAGUGUCCUCCACAACGGGCUGGGUCGCUACGUGCAGCAGCUGCAGCGCCUCAGCCUCAGCCUCAGCCGCGACGCGCCCUCGUCCCGCGGCGCCAGGGAGUUCGUGGAACGCGAGGUGGUCGACUUCGCCCGGCGGAACCCAGGGGUCGUCAUAUAUGUGAACGCGCGGCCGUGCGCCGUGCCCAGCAUAGUAGCGGAAUACCUUAACGGGGCAGUGUGCGAGGAAAACAUCAACAGCAAGUCGGUGGAAGAGAUCAAGACUCUGGUGCAGAAGCUGGCAGACCAGUCAGGCUUGGAUGUGAUCCGCAUCCGCAAGCCCUUCCACACGGACAACCCUAGCAUUCAGGGCCAGUGGCAUCCCUUCACCAACAAGUGGACGACUUUCCACGGGCUGCGGCCCAGAGAGCUCCAGGAGCCUGCUUCAGCUUCUGCACAAGCCCAGUGAAGAACAGCCCCAUUCCAGGCAUUGGACUGUUACCUCAAUAGAGUUGGCUCCUGCCGUUUGGAAUUUCAAGCUCUGGCAAAAGAAUGGAGCCUACCAGUGGGGGCGUGGCUUGGCGGAAAGAUUGUGCCGAGAAGAGCUGCUUGUAUUCAUUGCCCACUGCCAGGGAUAGUGCUCUUGUGCAUCUCCUACAGUUGGUCUCCCCACAACCUGAUGUGUGAAAGCCUCCAAGUGUUGUACAGUGUCCUUUUCUGAAAUCCAAAUAACAACGAUCUCACAACACAAUGAAGGGUCUCAAGGUUGGCUUUUGAAGGAUAGAUGAUGUCCUGUUGCUCUUGCUAUGGUCUGACAUUGGGCAAGGCACCUUAUAUCCAUGAAUGUUUGCAUACAGACUCGAAAACUGAGUCAUUAAACUUGCCCAAGAUCAUAUUUGAAAGGUU